GCAAGCAGAGGUCGAGCGAGAGGAAUCUAGUAAUAUAUUAAAGCACUGGAGCGCUGUUUGGAGAAGUUACUAGAGCAACAGCUGGUCUUUCGGGAGAGCUCUGCAGCCUGUUCCCAUCCACAGGAGAGACCAGCGAAGCCUCCCCGCUGCUCAUGAUUCAUCCGAGGUUGCAAAUUAGAUCUAGCUACCAGACCUUUUUGCUUUACUGAUCAGGUGGAUCAGGCUACUGAUUGCAUUGAGUUACACUGUGUCAUUUGCCUUGAGUCUCAGUGAGAAAGGCAGACAUCCUGCCAUAUAGAAGCCUUUUGCUUAUAAUUUUUAUUACCCAUUACUACCACCUGUAGCCAGAUGCUACUGGUCAGGUAUUCCAGGAUCUGUGAGUCCUGUGAACUUCAGAAGCAGUGAGGAUCUCUUUGGUAACAUGCUGGCCAGUCCUGGUGGAAUCCCAGCCUUUAAAUUCCAGUCACGACGAGAUGCUAUUGAUUGGCGACGUUUCAGUGCCAUUGAUGUAGAGCGGGUGGCUCGUGAGCUGGAUCUUACCACCCUACAGGAAAACAUCAACAGCAUCACCUUUUGCAACUUAGAUGCAGAAAAGUGUCCCUACUGUCAGCAGCCAAUAGACCCCGUACUCUUAAAGGUUCUUAAGAUGGCUCAGCUGACCAUAGAAUACCUGCUGCACUCCCAAGAGUACUUGAGCAUGAGUCUGGCACUACAGGAAGAACGGCAGCAGACCACCCUAGAUGACCUCAAGCGUGUCAAACAUGACUUGGAUAAGCAAGCGGAAGAGCUGAAACAUGUAAAAGAAGAAAGCAGGAAACGGAAGAAGAUGAUUUCCACCCAGCAGUUACUCUUGCAAGCUGGAGCUAAUAACUAUCACAAGUGCCAGCUGUGUGAUAAGAGCUUCAUGAACUACUCCUACCUUCAAGCUCACAUGAAGCGCAGACACUCUGAAGCCACUGAAGCUGAGUUGGAGAAGAAAAAGCAGGUGGAUCAAAUGGAAAAUGAGAUUGAAGCACUGAAAAUCAAGCUGAAAGAGACCCAUGCCCAACUGGAGGCUGAGAGCCAGCGUAGGGCCCAGGAAGGAGAAGAUAUUCGCCAAAGAGAAAUAGAGGGGAGAAAGAAAUUUGAAAGUUGGAAAGAGGAGGAGAAGAGAAAGUUUCAAAAGGAAAUGGAGGAUCUCCGGCAGCUGUUCCUCACAGAAUUCAGAGACAUUUCCAACAAGAAUUCCAACUUGGAAGAAAGACUUCAUGAACUGCAGGUCAAGAAUAUGGAAGUCUCCCAUAUAGGAAUAUUAAAGGAUGAUGACAGCAAUGACAAACAGCAAUGGGGCAAGACACAGAGAGAACUAGAGGAGAUGAAGUUAAAGGUAGAGCAACAGAAAAUGCAGUGGAAGAAAAGACUGAAUGAACUUCAAAAGGCACACCAGAUGGAAAAGGAAGAGCUGAAGGGUGAAAAUGAGAGAUUGCAGGCCUCCUUGUCCACUGACCAAUGGAAAAUGGCUGAGCACAACAAGCAGCAAAUGGCAUCAUUCACUGCAAAACUCAGAGAACAGGCCAAGGUCAUCCAGUCUCAGGAGAAAACAAUUAAACUUCUGUCUUCUAGCAAAGCCAGAGAAAUCCAGGAGACUUCUAAGGCUCAAAAACCUGAAGAGUCUAGUGAAGAAGAACUGGAAGAUACCUCGGAUAUGAAGAAAAGGGUACUAGAAGCAUUGAGGAGUAAUCCAAAUUUACUGAAGCAAUUUCGGCCAAUUCUGGAGGAGACAUUGGAAGAGAAACUGGAGAGCAUGGGAGUGAAGCGGGGUACGAGAGGUAUCUCAUCUCACAGCUAUAAAAACUUGAAAGGUGUGAUAAAAACCCAACAGCAGCAGAAGGCCAAAAAAUUUCCACACCUUCUCAAACUGAGAGACAAACUUGAGCAAACAGUGAAAGAAAAACUUCACUGGAGUCAGCAAGAUGAAAAUGUUAUGUCAGGGCCAUUCUCUGGAAUAUCAGUUAAAACCCAAAGUAGCCCACAUUCCCCACUUCAAGUUACUUCUUCUAAAUCCAAAGAGUUGCAAACUGAAUCACAGCCUUAUACUUUUGAAGUGCCUAAACCAGCUCCUCGGAGCAAAGUCAGCUCCUUGACUAGCUCACUGGAGACCCCCAGGCUAUCUUCUCCAAAGCAAGCCAAGAGCAAUUCCCUCUCCCCUCAACCCUCUGCUGUCCACCAUCCUAGUACUUCACCUUUCAGCUCUGAAGAAGAAUCAGAGGAAGAAUCAAGUUUUACCUCUCCAAAGCUUGGAGUUCUCAAGACAAAGCCAGAACUUCCCAAAGUGAAACAGAAUGAAGAGAGUGACUGGGAUUCAUCUGACAUAGAGCGCUCUCAUGGGAAAAGCAGCACAGGAGGGGUUCUCUUCACUGCAGCUACACCUUCAGAGACAUUGGUGCAAUCAAUGGCUAAAAAUCUCGAGCGAACUCUGACUGCUCAAGGAAGAAAACCUACUGGUGGAGUGAAACUCUUUUCCAUUCAGACCAAAGAAGAUCCUAAACCCAGCCACUCCAUUAAAAAACUUCAGUUUGCCGAAGAGGACAGUGACUUGGACAUUUCCUCCUUUGAGGAGAUCACCCAGCAUCUGGACAACAACAUCAUGCCGAAGAAGCAGCAAGCUGUAAGAAGUAGUGGAGGCUCAGCUGGAUCUCAGACUGCCAGUUUCUGGGAUUCUCGCAGCACAAAGUCUGAUGCCUGGUGAUAGUUGACUCUGUAGUUGGGCUGUGCGAUGGAUCUGCAACAAGCAGGAGAAAAGAACAAUAAAGUUCACAAACCAACAAAAGAAAUGCAAGACUUUCAGAUGGAUCUUAUGAACAGCGGACAUACAUGCUCAGAGUCAUAGUGCUGACAAAGGUGUUUCCACUGAGCUGCGAGUUGUUUUCUUCCUUUGCAAUCACUGAUAUGAUGAGCCUCAGAAGAACAAGGCUGAACUACACUUUUGUCUGGGAGAGGUUUCCCACAUAGGCUUCUUCCCCUGUGAUACCUCUGGUGGAUACAUCUCAUCUUACAUAAACUUUCCAGUAGAAGUUUGUACUAUCAUUCUUCAGUAGAGGCCAAAGAAGGAGAGUUGACAUUUCUCACCAGAGCCACAGAAUUCUCUAUGAGAGGAUGAAGCAACUUUAACAUUUCAGGAGAAUGCAGUGAGCAAGGCAACAGCUGUCAUCAUUGCUGUUAGCAGAGUUCAAGCUGUGGUCCCUGCUGGGCUAGCACUGCUAGGGCACAGCUUAGCUUACUCCUGGCCACCAGUAGCCCUCCAGCGCAGUACAUUAAAGGGCAAAUCUGGACCUGCAAGUGGAGGUGCUGGCUUAAUUAACAGUGCAGUCCUCUGCAUAGUUGCACCCUUCUAAGCCCAUUGAAGCCAACUCUGCUGAGGACAGCACUAGAAAUGAACCUGUAUGCUAGAAUCCCUUUCCCUGACAUCCAUGUUCCAAAGUGUUCAGUUUUAUAAGCCGCUGUGUGCACCCUGAAGUGGUAAAGUCCAAGCAUUGUUUUACUACUAUAGCAAGAAGAAUGAGGCCUAGUUGAUUCAGAGCCAGUACAGUCCUACUACAUAUUUUCAGUGCCUUUCAAUGUUUUGCCUUUACCUCUUGUGGUUUGUAGAGCAAUGUUGUAUUCACUGGGGAAAAAAAAGAAUAAUGCUAUGAGAAAGUAAAGGCAGUAGGGAAAAUCAAGACCCAACAUUAACUCAGCUUCCAAGACCUGAGGAAGGCUAUAAAUAACAGGACAUUUUAGAGGUCAUUAAUUUAGCAGGGCGUUUUGGAGGUCAUUAAUUCAAUUGAUGGAAUGACAAAUGGUGUAUGUGUUAAGUGCCGCCAAGUCACUUCCAACAUAUGGAGGUAAGUUUGCAGCACAUAAUACAUACACCAUUUGCCGUUCCAUUAAUUUUCAUCGUGAGAAUCAUUUUAGUGGUUACAAGGAUCACCUCAGAGUACAUCACAGACUACUAUUCAAAAAAUAUUCACAUUGUGUAUUUUGAGGAGUGCUGAACACUUUAAAAGUGGUGACCAGAGCUGGCCACUUGAUGGCACCAUAACUCAAGAAACAAUCUGUAAUAUUUAUUCUUCAAGUGAGUACCAGUUAUAGAGAAGUCCUUUUUGAUUCAAAGUCACAUAGAACAAGGCUUAGUAAUUCUAUUUGUCUAAAAUUUCCACCAAUUCCCCACUCAAAAGUUCUUUAAAAUUUGGGGUUUUGUUCCUUCCCUAUGAAUUACAUUAAGUCAGUUGUGAGUUUUCUUGUCUUUCUUUAAGGAAAAGACUGUUCUAAAAGUUUAGUCCUAAAUGAUUCACAGGAUUCACAUGAGUCCAGAUUUUGGAAAAGCUGGAGUGUUCUCUCCCAAAAAUGCUUCUAUAACUUUCUUCUGACAUUAAAAUUAUUUGCAGAUGUAAGAGCACAUAUGUGUAUGAUAUUUGAUUUUGGUGGAGGAAACUAGGAAGAUGAAAAAAAAAUCACAAGAAAACUGAUUUUAAACACUUUACAAGUUAAAAGUUUUAGCAGUGCUGAUAAUGAGAAUUGUUGGGAGGGUUGUUCUGUUUGUAUGUACACUUUGUAUUGUGUUCAUAUAAAGGUGUAAUUUAUUUUUGUAACUCCAUGCAGCUGCAGAGAAUUAUUUUUUAUUAUUGUUUUUAAUAGAGACUAUAUAUAAUCUGUUUAUCAAUCCUAAUAUCUGUCAGACAGUAAAUAAAAUGAGUAAGUGAACAGUAAAGUCACUCAGUCUUGUAAA